UCUGAGCUAAAGCUCUUUGGCUUUUACUAGCAGUGAAAGCUUAACAUGGCGAUGCAGAGUUUUCCUUCUUCUGAAACGGAAGGGACGGUGUGCCACUGCAACACAGGUUUUGAUAUGGACAGCACAGGCACAGUAUAUUGAAGACCUGCAAAGAUUUGCCUGGCCCGUGCCUAUGUCCGGAAUGGGGAUGCUGAUCUUAUUAACAUGGACAUGUUUUCUCGGCAUUUCAGUAGCGGACUGUACCACUCUGCACACCCCUCUGCAGGUACUUCACAAGUUUUGGGAUGUCUAUCACAUUACAGGGAUCCUCAAACUACCUUAUGCUGAAAUAGUGGAGCCUUUUGAAGCUUGGUUCAAUGAGUCUGCAGGAAGAAGUCGGAUCCAGUAUUACCAAGGUCAAGUGAUGACGUAUCAGUUUGCUUUUGAAAAACCUUUUGGGGCCAGCUUCAAGGUGACCCCCGAAACUACAGAAAACAAGACCAACUUCAAAGAAUGUUUUCGGGUCAAUGGAACAUCGGACAAACCGAUUGGGCCUCAAAGUGUCUUUCCCAACUUGACAGACUUCAAGGUUGUAGGGCUGGAUUACUACAAGGGACAGCACUGCACAGUCCUAGAGAGCGUGUCCUAUUGGGGCAAGAAGAAAAAUACCUACAAGUUGUGGGUGUCCAAUGCUUCCACUGACCCUGUGCCGGUCCAUUAUGAGAUGUGGGGAUACAACACACUCCUGAGCUCCCAUUAUGACAAGUAUGAGAUCGACUACAACAGCAUUUCCCGCAGCUUCCCGUCUAGCAUCUUCGAUCUUCCUCAUGGUACGUGUGUGCAGUGUUCCCAUUGGCCGGAGGGAGGACCAGAGCACAGAAUCCUGGCCAAUCCCAUGCAGGAAUUUGUUGGUGCCACUGGGGACAUUGGAAGAGUCCACGAUCACCUGUUCCAUCAUUACAAGGAAAAGUUCCAAAAGACUUACAAAAGCGAGGAGGAGGUGGCACACCGGAAGCGCAAUUUCAUCCACAACAUAAGAUACAUCCAUUCCAAGAACCGGGCCAAUCUCUCCUACAAGCUGGCAGUAAACCACUUGGCCGACCAAACCAUGGAAGAGAUAGCAGUGAGGAGGGGGAGGUUAACGAAUGGGCAACCUAGGAAGGGGCUGCCCUUCCCAUCACAUCACUAUGAGGAUCUCACUUUGCCAGACAACCUGGAUUGGAGGCUUUAUGGUGCUGUGACCCCAGUCAAAGACCAGGCCGUGUGUGGGUCCUGCUGGAGCUUUGCUACAACUGGGACGCUGGAGGGUGCACUUUUUCUGAAGACUGGAGUGCUCACUCCACUGUCUCAGCAAGUCUUGAUCGAUUGCUCCUGGGGCUUUGGGAACCACGCUUGCGAUGGUGGUGAGGAGUGGCUUGCCUAUGAAUGGAUUAUGAAGCAUGGCGGACUUCCCAGCACAGAGUCUUAUGGGCCAUACCUUGGGCAGAAUGGCUAUUGUCACUACAACCAAACUGAGCUGUUGGCAAGAGUCUCCGGUUUUGUCAUGGUACCUUCUGAAAACACCACGGCUCUGCGGGCUGCUCUCUACAAACAUGGCCCUGUGGCUGUGAACAUCGAUGCCUCCCACAAGUCCUUUGCAUUCUACUCCAGUGGCAUCUACUAUGAACCAAAUUGUGGAAACAGAAGUAUGGAAUUAGACCAUGCAGUGCUAGCGGUCGGAUAUGGGAACCUCCUGGGAGAGAACUAUUGGCUCAUCAAGAACUCCUGGUCCACCUACUGGGGCAACGAUGGCUACAUCCUCAUGUCCAUGGAAGAGAACAACUGUGGGGUAGCAACCACUGCCUCCUACCCAAUUCUGGCAUAAUGGGGCAAAUAUGUCAAAUGAUCUACAAUUUGAUUUGUGGUGUUUCAAGAUCUCGGUUGAAACAUAUUUUGUAAAAGUGUCCCAUUUCAAACUCAUUAAGGGCCCUUCUACAAAGCUAUAUAAAAUCCACACUGAACUGGGUUAUAUGACAGUGUGGACUCAGACAACCCAGU